ACUGAUGCGUAUUUUAAUGUGUGUCUUUUUAUUCUCACAAAUUGUGUUGAAAUCAGGACUGAACGCAUCUUCUCUGAGUCUGAAUUAAAACUGUCCAUCCUGGCUCAUCCUUGCAUCAAUGGCUCUUACCUCCCCAAACAAGAGACUGAAUUGGUCCAUACAGUUCUUGAGGAGCUGGAGGUAUUUCUACAAAGAAAUGAGCGGAAAAGCGUUCUACUCUUCCCGCCUUUGCCAAGCCGAUUUCGCUUUCUGAUUCACGAAACCACCUUGAAUCACCCUGACCUCAGCACCUUUUCUGUGGGUGAGGGCUGCGCUCGCAGAGUUGUGGUGUGCUAUUCUGACUUCCGGUUGUCAGAACAGGAUCAACAAGAUCCAAAAGGCAGUUCCUAUUACCGAGCACGCAGUCAGGACAGGGUAAUGGAUGACAAAUGCAACACAUCCAACAGCAGACAGAGAAACAAAAGGCCGGACAAGGCUAUUUAUGUCCCACGUGGUAUUAGACACAAGGUAGAUCUGGAACAACCAAAUCUCAAGCAAUCAUCAGAGGAAUCUUGCCCAAACACUGCUUUUGUAGCCAAUCCGAGGCCAAAAGAGGACCCCACUCACCAACCACUGGCAGAUCAUGAAUUUGUGCAACUUUCAAAGUGCGGACCUUCCCCGUGGCCUUCAGAAUGGGACGAGACUGUGUCCUUGUUAAUGUCUUUGAAAUUAGACAACCAAGAGGAUGUAAACGGUGCUAACAACACAGUCCUUCCCACUGAUGUGAAACUCCAGGAGGAGGGCAUCGAUGAAAGUUUGAUUUCUGAGAUCAAAGCCAGAGUCAAAGAUAGGGACGUCACCAUAGUGAACACUUGCAGUGAUUUCCCUGCAUAUGCAAACAUCUGGCUCGACCCGGAGGAGUUCGGCCACGUCAUUGAGAUCUAUGACUUUCCCAUCAUAUUUAAAACUGAAGAUAUUCUUGAUGCCUUUGCAGACUACAGUGAAGGGGGGAUGAAGAUCAAGUGGGUUGAUAACACUCAUGCUCUUGGUAUAUUUUCUAAUCAGUUGGCAGCUACAGAGGCGCUUUCUAUUGAACAUCCGCUACUGAAAACCCGUGCGCUGCUAGAGGGGAGUGAAAAAUCAAAGUGGAAAGCAGCCAGACGAGCAGAGUUCAUGCAGCCGGUGAAGGAAAGGCCGCGCACAGACGCAGUAGUGGCUCGCAGGAUGGUGAGCAGAGCACUGGGGCUGGGAGGACUGAGGGCAAACACUGACAAAUGACUCUAAUUCAAUUAUUUACAGUUUACAUUGACCUCUUUUCAUUUGUUCAUACGACAGACGUCCUGCACAUCAACUAUUAUACAAGCCAGACUCAACAGGAGUUGCCAAUCUUAUUUUAGCUGCACAGCAAAUUCUCAAAUACAUGAAAUGCAUUUGGUCUCUUAACUUUCCAGUUUUGUUUACUUUGAGUUCUGUAAUAUUUUAGGAAAAGGCCAAGAGUAUGUUAAAUGACUGUUUGAUUAUUUCCUGAGGGUUUUGGUAAACUUUCAAACAUUUUUUUUCGAGUUUUUCCUCUUUUUGAACGGAUUUGCUUGCUUUCUCCUACCAUGCUUCUCCACUCUACCAAGGCUGAUAUGUUUCAGCAUCUACUAACACCAUUGCAAAUAUAUACUUUUUUAAAUCUCAGUGUUUACAGAAACGCUAAUUUUGAAGGCAAAAGGGGAAGUACUGUUGCUAUUUAAGGUGAGUUGAGUUAGACAGUAAUUAGUGUGAUUGAUCUUGUUUUUGGAAAAUAACUCAUGAGGGAACAUCAUAUUAAAUCUGAUUCGAUUAUUCUGUUUACUGUUUGGAAGUUCACGUUCUUUCUCAGUUGGUUUGCUCUUAUAUUUACCAGGUGUGUCUUUUGAGUGCCAGUUUUACUAAAUAAGAAAUUUGUGGGUAAUGUGUGAGUGAAUAAUUCGUUUCUCUGUGUAAUUUAACUUAUUUGUUUUCUAAGUUGUUUAAUUGUUUCUAAUUUGUUGAUUGGAAAAACUCUAUUAUUACUUUUUUUGAUUAAAUGUUUUGUUUGUUGUUUUUU